UCGAGUAAAUGUUUACGCCGGUGAUUUUUGAUUUAUACAUUAGUGACAAAUUGAAAUUGUAUACCGUAAAUUAGAACGAUUAAAUUUCAAAAACGCUAUUAAUAUGGCGCAGCGAUUUCCCGGACCGGGUCCAAGCCCUGGUCCAAGCGGACCCCAACCUCAAAGGUACCAACAGCCUCAAAAUCCUGGAAUGCGACAAUAUUCGCAGCCCAAUUUUCCGCGAACUGGAUAUAAUACGCCGCCACCCAAUAUGAACACUAGCGGAGGAACUAUGAUCCAAAGAAGCUCCAGAGCUCCGUAUUCUCCAAUGCAAGGAAACCAAAUUCCUGGUUCUCAACAGUCGGCAAAGCGAUCUUCAGACAACAGAAAUUCAGUUCAACAGAAAAGUGAAUAUGGUCAUAACACAAGCAAGAAAAAGAAGAAGCUUGCCGACAAAAUUUUGCCGCAAAAAGUAAGAGAUCUAGUGCCUGAGAGUCAAGCUUACAUGGAUCUAUUGGCAUUUGAACGAAAGCUAGACGCUACUAUAAUGCGGAAACGUCUUGACAUUCAAGAAGCUUUAAAAAGGCCCAUGAAACAAAAAAGAAAAUUAAGGAUUUUUAUUUCCAACACAUUUUAUCCUGCAAAAGAGCCCUGCGCGGAUGGACCUGAUGGGCCAGGGCAAGAGGGGUCUGUUGCUUCAUGGGAACUUCGAGUUGAAGGGCGACUUUUGGACGAUCCCAAAAAUGAUCCAAAUAAAGUGAAGCGUAAGUUUUCUUCUUUUUUCAAGUCUCUAGUGAUCGAGCUUGAUAAGGAAUUAUAUGGUCCCGAUAAUCACCUUGUGGAGUGGCAUCGUACCCUGUCCACUCAGGAAACCGACGGGUUUCAGGUUAAAAGACCGGGAGAUAAAAACGUUCGAUGCACAAUACUGCUUCUUCUCGACUAUCAGCCGCUCCAGUUCAAGCUGGAUCCCAGGCUGGCCCGUUUAUUAGGCGUACACACUCAAACUCGUCCCGUUAUAAUUUCCGCAUUGUGGCAAUACAUCAAGACCCAUAAACUGCAAGAUACGCACGAGAGGGAGUACAUCCUGUGCGAUAAGUACUUGGAGCAAAUUUUUAACUGCUCGAAAAUGAAAUUCGCCGAAAUUCCCCAAAGAUUGAAUCCGUUGCUUCACCCGCCAGAUCCAAUAGUCAUCAAUCACGUGAUUUCGGUGGAAGGAGGGGCAGAGAGCAAGCAAACCGCCUGUUACGAUAUCGAUGUUGAAGUCGAUGAUACGCUAAAAACGCAGAUGAACAAUUUCCUGUUGAGCACGGCCAGCCAGCAGGAAAUCCAAGGUCUGGAUUCGAAAAUCCACGAAACGGUGGACACCAUUAAUCAGCUGAAGACGAACCGCGAGUUCUUCCUUAGUUUCGCAAAGGAUCCCCAACAAUUUAUUCACAAGUGGAUCGUGUCCCAAACUCGCGACUUGAAGACAAUGACAGAUGUCGUAGGCAACCCAGAGGAGGAACGCAGAUCUGAUUUCUUUUAUCAACCCUGGGCUCAAGAGGCCGUGUGUCGUUACUUUUAUACUAAAGUCCAGCAGAAACGGGCCGAGUUGGAACAGGCACUGGGAAUUCGUAACAACUAAACGAUGUAUCACAUAAUAUUAAGUACUAAAAGGGUGUUCUAAAAGAUUUGCCUGGUUGUUGGACUGGGUGACUCUUUAUUCUGUUUCUGUAGUAAUUGAUAAAAUAAAAUUCAAAUUGA